AGCUAUAUUAUUGGCAUUAAAGACUGUGUAACAUCCUUCAUUUGGAUAUCUCCAUUAUCCUCAGCCGGUCCUUUUUUAUGUCUUUGAACCAUGUCGGAUACUGAACGUCCCACUAAGAAACGAAGGAUCAAUGAGAAUGCAGAAAACAGAGGAAUCAAUCUUUUGAAUUGGUUGCGUCAUUACACACAGUUCCUGACACAUUCCGAUGCACCGUUUAUACUUUCAAGUUAUAUUAAACUAGCUCUACAUACUAUUGGUGUUUUAAUACUGCUUACUAUUUGUUAUCAAAUGAUACAAUCAUGUGCAACGGAAAUUCAUUCGCGGCAUCAAAUAGAGAUUAAAGAAUUCGAAGACAAAAUCCAAGCCUGUCAUUACGACUAUGUAAACAACAAUUGUGGACCAAGCUUAAAAGGCGUUUAUUGGCAGACAUUCUGUGAUGAAUGGGAUAGAUAUCCUUUUUGAUUUAUUAAUUUGGAAGCAAGAAAUAGAUUGUAAAAUCCUUAACCACUGUUUUUUUUUUGGAAUUUUUACGUGUAGGAAUUUACAGCCUCGAUAUAUCGGAAAAACACAAAUUGCAACGCAAGUACUAGGUGAAAUGAUGAAUGGAUUUGUUGAACCUUUAACAUUUAAAGCCAUGGUGAUUAUUUGCUUAUUCGUAUUCGGCUUUUUCAUUACAUCU